AUGCAUUCCACGGAACGGACAGCACAUUCAGGCAGCCUUCGGUCCAUUGCGCCCAAAACUCCGAGGGCCAUCGACAAUGUCCAAUCGUCAUCGAAGCUGUUCCAGAGGCCGCCUCGGAAACUCGACAAGGAAAAAUGCGACAAUUGUCGCCAGGCGAAGCAAAAAUGCAUCGAGAAGGGGCCAGGUUGCCAGAGAUGUUUCAAGAAGGGAUUGACAUGCUCUGGUCGCUACAAAGCUAGCAACAAUUCGCCGACGUCGUCGACAGUAGCUUCCCAUGAUGAUAUCGUUCAUGUCUCGCCUGGAAGUCGCUCCGAAUGGCAAGAAGCCACUUCUGAUGAGGAGUUAUUCUCCACGCCGGAUUCUGACGCGGGGUUUCAACAAUGCCCGCCUGUUCAAUCCCAUACGUCAAAGGUCGAGGACUUCACCGGAGAAGAUAUCGAUCAGGAUGUCAAGGAUGCGUUGGACGAGCUCCGCGGUCUCAAUAUUGGUCUUGACAUGGCAGACACUUUAGACGAUGAGCAAGAGGUUGAAUCGUUUGCUCCUGAAAUAGGUGUGACACAUACAACUAACUCGGCUCAACCCUUGCCUCCAUGCGACUGGGAUGAGCUUUACGAGGCGUUCAUUGCAAAGUAUGGAUACCCGCCAUCCAAGAGACCAGAUUUUAUGGGCUACUUAAGGAGGCUACGAUCAUCAGAUUCUGGCCUUGUAGAGUGUCCUUCCUGUCGCAUGAACAAAGAUGGAGAGUUCAAAAUCGCAGAGAUUAAGAAUCACUUUCGAUACCAUCAUGUCGGAGAUAUCGCAUAUGCCGACAACGACAACAUGAAGCCAAAAGUAUGGGCAAUUGUCCGCAACUUGGCAGCAGGAUUCGAAGCGGGGCAGAUAAUCGUCUCUUUACGAGACACCUGCGAGGCGAAACGGGAGGAAUAUUUCAGACGACAAACCGUACAUGUCAAACCUAAGCCAAACCUGCCGAGCGUGCUUCUUCUCUUGUCCCAACUUCGAAUAGUUUGCAAUGGGCAACUUGUGUGUAUCAGUCCCAGGUGCAGUCUCGAGCCCUUUGAGCCAUCGUGGGAUGCCCUAAGAGAACACUAUGAGAGCAGUCAUGCAAAUGACAUCAUAGAAACUGAUCCAUCCCGAGUUAUCGAUGUUGAGGAUCAUCUCAAAAAGCACGAGUAUAGCAUUGCUCGUAAACUUGAGAAAGCUGAAUCCAUCCGCGUGGCAUGGAAUCGGAAGGGAUGGACUUGGAUGGAUCGGAAUUGGAUUAAUGUUGAUACUUCAGAGCCGAUGGCUGACUUGGAGCGCAUAGCCUUUGAAGCUUCUACCUACCGUCGCAUACCACAAACGCGGCAAUGGAGACUGGUCAAAGACCUGAAUAGGCUGUUUCGCACACGAUACAAACAAUUCGUCUUAGACACAGCACGGUCAUCAUCCGCAGAGCUCGGUGUGUUUGCCGAUGAUCUUGGCAGCACACUUCCAAGCGCAAAACGUCUACGCCGUCUGGCAACAAAAACAUUUGAGAAGGUUCUGCGUGGAAUGAUCCCCAAUACAUUUCUUGAGAUGCUCGCUUUCGGGAUGCUGUCCGAGUCUAUGACCACAGUCAUGCGACAGCAGGGCGUACCGUCUCUCGGCGGCCCAACUUUGGCGGACCAUCUUGCGUGGGCAAACUGCAUCCAGAACCAGCGGGAAAGACCAUCAUACGAUUUGUUCGCCUGUUGGCUCAAGGAUAAUUUCUCCAUGAAUUCUAACGGCUCACCUUAUACAGCAGCCACUUGGAGCGCAGAGCAUGACAUUUCGAUACAUGAGAAUAUGAAAAGGCACGUUUUGAACCUCAUGGGAGCAAGACGUUCUGAUUAUUCGUUCAAUUUCUCAGCAUUCCUCAAGCUUGAUAUCUUCGCAGACAGAACUACGGGAAAGAAGGCGCCCGAGACAGUGGGUAAGGGUGGCGAAGUGACAGCUACGCCACAGAAAAUCAACGCCCAGGAAACGCCCAAACCAAAUGUCAAUGUCAAGCACCAGCUUAUGACUCUCCGAAGCAAUGUCAUCUUCGUCCGAGUUUAUCUGUUCAUGAUAUAUAUCACAGAUCAGGGAGUACUUCUCAUAUACUUGGGAAACCAAGAACGACAAUGUCGUGUGUUCUCCUCCGGCAAUCAUACCGCCACGGCAUACAGUAUACUGCGGACAACCGAGGAGAUGAAGAUAAAUAUAACCGAUCCACUCCUCAGGGAUGCACAACAGUGGGAUCGCUGCGCAAGCAAGAUCUUCAAAGCGGCAGAAACGAUGCUUGACUUUGGUCAAGUUUGGCGCCUCGAAGAACUUCAUCGUCAAAUGGUAUUAGAAGUGGAACGUUCUGUCGAGGAGUCGACACUCCGGCGCUUUCUGUUAAACAGAAUCAGUCAGCAGUGUUUCGCCGCCUGUGGCUUGAUCAAGCCGGCAUGCGAGAAUUACAACACAUGCUCAGUUUGUCAAUGCACGACUUCGAUUAGUUGA